GGUAGUUGAUGGAGAAGGUGGUGUAUGCAUUAUCCGGCGCAACGGCUGUGAGCGCAUGCGUUGCUGCAUGGGCCGUGUAUAAGUGGGUGUGCACCCGGUCAGCACUGCGGGCAUACACGCACGUGUACACUGAUGCCAGGGAGGUACAGCGUUACCUGGAACACCAUUAUGGCAGCCUGGCUGACCUGUCGGAGCUGAAAGAUAUUGUUCCAGAAGAGGCAGUGGACUACCAGCGGCGGCUGGCUGACUUCUGUGGGGUGGCAUGUGAACGAUGGCAGGUGGCCAAGGACCGCGUGCUGGAUGUGGGUUGCGGCCCUGGUGGCUUGUCGUUCCAUCUCAGCCGCCACUUCCGCCAAGUCAUUGGCACCGACAUCAGCUAUGAGAUGAUCACUGCGGCACAGACGCUCAAGCAAUUUGGCGAGUUUGCUGUGUCGUUCCCCAGUGAGGGUGGCAACCACGUGUCGUUCCACAGCAUUAGGGUCCCGGAUGACUCAUCCAGGGAACGAGUGGAGUUCUGGGAUGAGGACGCCUGUGCUCUGGCAUACACCUGCGGCACCUUUGAUUGUGUUGUUGCCUCAAAUGUCCUCACUGUCAUGUAUGACCCUAAGUCGUUCCUGCAGGAUAUUCACCGCUAUGUGACUAAUGGAGGACUGCUGGUGGUCGGUGAUGCAUAUGACUGGAAAAGCGGUCCAGAGGUGCUGCUCGGAGGCUGGGGGGAGAUGAUGACUCCGACGCUAUUGAGGAACAUUUUGGAAUCAUCAUGGUCAUUGGUGGAGGAAACAAGCAUGGCAUAUUAUGUUCCAAGGUGUCGGAGGCUCGCCAUAAUCGGCAAUGCUCACUUCACCAUCUGGAAGAAGAAGCAAGAUGAUGACUCCCAAGACUGAACAAUCAAGCACUCUGACUGCCUCUAGCAAGCUGUAGAUACAAGGACCUAGAGCUGUUCUCUAUUCCCAUCCCCAGGCUCUCAUUGACCCCUAUGGAUUUAACUCUCUUCCCCAAUAAAUUCCACAGAAAUUAUAAUGACAUGAAUUGCCAUACCUUAACCUUUUCUGUGUUGGUCCCAUUUUAUCACAGCUUUGAAGUCAAUGUUGGUCCCAUAAUAUGACGUCAUGAGCUCAUCUCACUCAGAUAUGCUGUGAGCAGUAAAUUUAGGCCUAGAUAUGAGAAAAAUGGUUUAUGCAGUAAGUGUGCACCAUAUGAAAAAAAUCCUGCAGCACACAGUGCAUAAUGAGAAAAUAAAUGCGACUGUUUUUAGUUUAAAAUUGCAACUUUGAGGUGUAUUUUCAUAUGGAUUUUUGGUUGUAUUCUCGAUUUCUUGGUCUCAUUUGACAGAAUCGAAGAUAUUUUACAGAAAUAGAGAUGAUUUUGAUUACUUUCAGGAGUGAAAGUGGCUUGAAAUUGGGGUCAAAAUAACAGAAAUGUUAUAUUUUUGCCAAUAUUGCAAAGUACACAACUGAUGUCACUUGUCCAAUAUACAUCCAAACGGCCAGUCUAAUGUGCAUUUAGGAAUGCAUUAAUAUUAUUUAUGCAAUUAUUACAAUAAUGCAGUAGUCUGCAUAACAGUAAAUCUUUUAUUUUUGUGUGUGAAUAAAAAUUGAAAAUGAAAAGCAAGUGUAAUAUAAGAGGCUCUGAGAUGUGACUGAGGAACAAAGGAAAUGUUUAUUUAGUACCAGGAAUGUCUACAUUAUUGGUUUUCUAAUUGGCAAUUGUUGAAUUUUGUAUGAAAUUGGCCAAAUUUCCUAUUUCUGAACACCAUUGGAUAGUUGAAAUAGAUAAAUGGGCAGUUUCUUGUACUCAGUUAAUAGAAUAGAAUGAAUACUAGCAAAAUAGCUAUGAGUUUGACAGACUGGAACUAUGGAAUUGGCCAAAAAUAGAGUGCAAAGUGGGCAGAAUUGCUGAUGCAUAAAUAUCAUUGAGACCACUAACUUCGCAAGAGCAUAAUUGCAUAAGUUUUCCAUAAAAUUUUGUACUUUUGGUUUCAUUACUUUUGGAAAAAGAUUCUCUGUCAUUUCAUAAGAUAAUUUUUUUUUUAAUUCUUCAUCUCUGGGAGCAGCUUGAGAGCUUGGAUCUGGACGCUGAAAGGGUUAAGAAACCAGCAUAACAAAAAAUUUCCCAAAGCGACUAGAAGAAACGCAUUAACCAUCAUUCAGUUACUGACUCUCGUGGGUAAGGAGUGUGCCAGCGAUGCAGUUCUGAUGACACCCUGACCUCAUAAACGAUUGUACCAGUACAAAUGCCCAGGUGGAACAAACUAUUAAUGCUGUGGAUGGAAUACUUCAGGAACAGCACAGCAACACUGCUAUACAAUACAAAACCAACUCAUCUUUACAGGGCCUGAAAUCACAGUUUAAAUCUACUUAGUAAUCUUUAUUUUAGCAUGGUACAAUGUACAGGAAUGGGUGACAUUCAGGUGUGCAUGCAGAAAACCUAUAGUUGGCCUAUAGGCAAACUAUAGGCCUAUCUAAAUUUAGACUAAAAGGUUGAUAAUGAGCUCUUGUAUAUACAGUGGACCCCCGAGUUUCGUGAUUAAUCUGUUCCAGAGAGUCUGCCGACUGGCGAAAUUCAUGAUUUGUGAAUCUAUUUUCCCCUUUCAGACAGCCAAAAAUAUUAACAAAAGAUAAUUUUUUGAAAGAUUAAAUAUAGAUUUACAUACAGUAAACAAUGACAAAUAAACAUAAAGCACUAAUAAAAUGGAUAAAUGAACAUUUAACAUCACACUUAACCUUUAUUGAUUCUUGUUGGUGUAGGAGGUAGGUAGGAGGCAAGAGGAAGACGAGUUUAUUAUGCUUCAAUAUGAUGCUAAUAUCUAUCACAAUUUUAUCUGUCACAAUUCGUCUAUCACAAUUCAUCUAAUGUGACAUUAUAAACAAUAUUAAUAAUAUAGAAACAUGAUAUAUACUCUAGAAUGAAUAAAAUAUGUCAUAAUGUAUUAUUUUUAUAUUAUAUAUUACCACAUUGGCCGAUUCCCACCAAGGCAGGGUGGCCCGAAAAAGAAAAACUUUCACCAUCAUUCACUCCAUCACUGUCUUGCCAGAAGGGUGCUUUACACUACAGUUUUUUAAACUGCAACAUUAACACCCCUCCUUCAGAGUGCAGGCACUGUACUUCCCAUCUCCAGGACUCAAGUCCGGCCUGCCGGUUUCCCUGAAUCCCUUCAUAAAUGUUACCUUGCUCACACUCCAACAGCACGUCAAGUAUUAAAAACCAUUUGUCUCCAUUCACUCCUAUCAAACAUGCUUGCGCAUGCCCGCUGGAAGUCCAAGCCCUUCGCACACAAAACCUCCUUUACCCCCUCCCUCCAACCUUUCCUAGGCCGACCCCUACCCCACCUUCCUUCCACUACAGACUGAUACACUCUUGAAGUCAUUCUGUUUCACUCCAUUCUCUCUACAUGUCUGAACUACCUCAACAACCCUUCCUCAGCCCUCUGGACAACGGUUUUGGCAAUCCUGCACCUCCUCCUAACUUCCAAACUAUGAAUUCUCUGCAUAAUAUUCACACCACACAUUGCCCUCAGACAUGACAUCUCCACUGCCUCCAGCCUUCUCCUCGCUGCAACAUUCAUCACCCAUGCUUCACAACCAUAUAAGAGCGUUGGUAAAACUGUACUCUCAUACAUUCCCCUCUUUGCCUCCAAGGACAAAGUUCUUUGUCUCCAAAGACUCCUAAGUGCACCGGUCACCCUUUUCCCCUCAUCAGUUCUAUGAUUCACCUCAUCUUUCAUAGACCCAUCUGCUGACAUGUCCAUUCCCAAAUAUCUGAAUACAUUAACCUCCUCCAUACUCUCUCCCUCCAAUCUGAUAUCCAAUCUUUCAUCACCUAAUCUUUUUGUUAUCCUCAUAACCUUACUCUUUCCUGUAUUCACUUUUAAUUUUCUUCUUUUACAUACCCUACCAAAUAACAAAUAACAAGUGUUGUUGUUGGGUUUAACCCUUUCAGGGUCCAUCCCAUAGAUCUACGGCUUUACGUUCAGGGUCCAAACCGUAGAUCUACGCCAAAAUUCUAGCGGCGUCAAAUUUAGCACGAGAAGGCUGGUAAGCCUACAUCUGAGAGAAUGGGUCUGGGUGGUCAGUGUGCACACCAUAGAAAAAAUCUGGAUGCCCGCAUGGCAUUGUGGGAACGCCGGCAAAGUAGCUUUGUUCAUAAUGCCUGGCGGCAAGAUGCUCUCACUCCCCAGUCACUCUCAGGGCGAAUUCUGACUCUCCUCUUCACAACUUACAGUUCUAAGACUGAUGGAAGUGGAGCUGAAGACGAAUUCUGUGGUUUUGAACCAUAUGGUACCAUUGUGCAAUAUGGUACAAUGGUACCAUAUGGUACAAUGGUGCCAUGUCAUACAAUGGUAUAUGGUACAAUGGUAUAUGGUACAAUGGUACCAUAUGGUAAAAUGUACCAUAUAGUACAUUGUACCAUAUGGUACAUUAUACCAUAUGGUACAGGGUACAGGGACCCUAAUGGAAAUAAGUCUGUCUGACUGUUUUGGGUUAUCAAAGGUUCUCCAAACAUAUGCUGCUAAGUAUGAUAAUCUAUGUAACUUUAUUUGUGUAUAACUAAAUAAACUUACUUAUGAUGCCACAUGCACUUGAGUAAGUUUAUUAAGGUGUACAGAAAUACAAUUACAUAGAUUAUCAUACAUACAUACAUACGUAUAAAAUCUUAGGAUAACCCAAAAAAGUCAAGGUGACUUAUUUCAAUAUUUAUCCCUGUAUCUGUACCAUGUGGUGUCCUGUGCUGUAUGGUACCCUGUACCAUAUGGUACCCUGUGUCAUAUGGUACCCUGUGCCAUGUGGUUCCCUGUACCAUAUGGUACCCUGUACCAUAUGGUACCCUGUACCAUAUGGUACCCUGUACCAUAUAGUACAAUGUACCAUAUGGUACCCUGUAACAUAUGAUACCGUGUACCAUAUAGUUAAUAGGUGUUGGUGGCAUGAGACACCAGCCAAGACUGAGUGAGUGGCGACACAAGCUAGCUACUGACUCCUCAGUUUCCCAGACAAAGUGCUUUGUCAUCCACCUCAAGGAACAUAUCAAGAUCCUGUACACUUGUAAAUGUACAAUAGAACAUUACUAAUAUACAACAUUUUUGCAUAUUUUUGUUGUAAACAAUUAUUGUAAACAAAAUAAUAAUGAAAAUAUUAUUUAUUUAUUUAUUUUAUUUAUUUAAAAAUUUGUGCACACAUACAGAGGUACAAAAAAUACAGAAAAGAGCAGUAUGCCAAAGCCACUUAUACUAUGCAUAGCAUUACGGGCUGGCUUAAAAUUAACUUAAGAUGAACUAAGCAAUGAUGACAUCGGUGAUAAAACUUUAAUGUAAACAGAUUACUAUAAAGCACAAGUGAGUAUUACAAAGACAGGUCAUAUGGUUGUAUGCAUUGUUGUACAUU